GUCACACAACAGCACUGAAGCAGCCUUGCUUGAAGCAAGCUUCCUUUGGCCUAAGACUUUGAGGGAGUCAAGAAAGUCACGCUGGAGACCGAUAUGGACAGCCUUCUGAUGAAGCAAAAGAAGUUUCUUUACCAUUUCAAAAAUGUCCGCUGGGCCAAGGGACGGCAUGAGACCUACCUCUGCUACGUGGUGAAGAGGAGAGAUAGUGCCACCUCCUGCUCACUGGACUUCGGCCACCUUCGCAACAAGUCUGGCUGCCACGUGGAAUUGUUGUUCCUACGCUACAUCUCAGACUGGGACCUGGACCCGGGCCGGUGUUACCGCGUCACCUGGUUCACCUCCUGGAGCCCGUGCUAUGACUGUGCCCGGCACGUGGCUGAGUUUCUGAGAUGGAACCCUAACCUCAGCCUGAGGAUUUUCACCGCGCGCCUCUACUUCUGUGAAGACCGCAAGGCUGAGCCUGAGGGGCUGCGGAGACUGCACCGCGCUGGGGUCCAGAUCGGGAUCAUGACCUUCAAAGACUAUUUUUACUGCUGGAAUACAUUUGUAGAAAAUCGUGAAAGAACUUUCAAAGCCUGGGAAGGGCUACAUGAAAAUUCUGUCCGGCUAACCAGACAACUUCGGCGCAUCCUUUUGCCCUUGUACGAAGUCGAUGACUUGCGAGAUGCAUUUCGUAUGUUGGGAUUUUGAAAGCAACCUCCUGGAAUGUCACACGUGAUGAAAUUUCUCUGAAGAGACUGGAUAGAAAAACAACCCUUCAACUACAUGUUUUUCUUCUUAAGUACUCACUUUUAUAAGUGUAGGGGGAAAUUAUAUGACUUUUUAAAAAAUACUUGAGCUGCACAGGACCGCCAGAGCAAUGAUGUAACUGAGCUUGCUGUGCAACAUCGCCAUCUACUGGGGAACAGCAGAACUUCCAGACUUUGGGUCGUGAAUGAUGCUCUUUUUUUUCAACAGCAUGGAAAAGCAUAUGGAGACGACCACACAGUUUGUUACACCCACCCUGUGUUCCUUGAUUCAUUUGAAUUCUCAGGGGUAUCAGUGACGGAUUCUUCUAUUCUUUCCCUCUAAGGCUCACUUUCAGGGGUCCUUUUCUGACAAGGUCACGGGGCUGUCCUACAGUCUCUGUCUGAGCAAUCACAAGCCAUUCUCUCAAAAGCAUUAAUACUCAGGCACAUGCUGUAUGUUUUCACUGUCCGUCGUGUUUUUCACAUUUGUAUGUGAAAGGGCUUGGGGUGGGAUUUGAAGAAUGCACGAUCGCCUCUGGGUGAUUUCAAUAAAGGAUCUUAAAAUGCAGAUGAGGACUACGAAGAAAUCACUCUGAAAAUGAGUUCACGCCUCAAGAAGCAAAUCCCCUGGAAACACAGACUCUUUUUCAUUUUUAAUGUCAUUAGUUUACUCACAGUCUUAUCAAGAAGAAGAGUUCAAGGGUUCAACCCAAUUUUCAGAUCGCGUCCCUUAAACAUCAGUAAUUCUGUUAAAGGGAUCAAACAUCCUUAUUUCUUAACUAACUGGUGCCUUGCUGUAGAGAAAGGAGCAAAGCGCCCAGAUCCAAAGUAUAUAGUUAUCAUAGCCAGGAACCGCUACUCGUUUUCCAUUACAAAUGGCAAAUUCUUCCCCGGGCUCUCCUCAUAGUGCCUGAGACGGACCACGGAGGUGAUGAACCUCCGGAUUCUCUGGCCCAACACGGUGGAAGCUCUGCAAGGGCGCAGAGACAGAAUGCGGCAGAAAUUGCCCCCGAGUCCCAACUCUCCUUUCCUUGCGACCUUGGGAACAAGACUUAAAGGAGCCUGUGACUUAGAAACUUCUAGUAAUGGGUACCUGGGAGUCGUUUGAGUAUGGGGCAGUGAUUUAUUCUCUGUGAUGGAUGCCAACACGGUUAAACAGAAUUUUUAGUUUUUAUAUGUGUGUGAUGCUGCUCCCCCAAAUUGUUAACUGUGUAAGAGGGUGGCAAAAUAGGGAAAGUGGCAUUCACCUAUAGUUCCAGCAUUCAGGAAGCUGAGGCAGGAGGAUUGUAAAUUUGAGGCCAGUCUGAGCUGUAAGGUGAGACCCUAUUUCAAACAACACAGCCAGAAUUGGGUUCUGGUAAAUCAUACUUAACAAGGGAAAAAUGCAAGACGCAAGACCGUGGCAAGGAAAUGACGCUUUGCCCAACGAAAUGUAGGAAACCAACAUAGACUCCCAGUUUGUCCCUCUUUAUGUCUGGUCUCCCUAACAACGAUCUUUGCUAAUGAGAAAAAUAUUAGAAAAAAAUAUCCCUGUGCAAUUAUCACCCAGUCGCCAUUAUAAUGCAAUUAAAAGGCCCACAAGAAAUCCUGUAUACACGACCGUUAUUUAUUGUAUGUAAGUUGCUGAGGAAGAGGAGAAAAAAAUAAAGAUCAUCCAUUCCUUCCUGCA